AUAUUUUCUGUCUUGUUUCAAAAAAAAGUUUAUAUUGUGUGUUUUCCCGUAGUUAACACACAAAUUAACGUUGUGUUUUUGAGAUUUUGUAAAAUUUGGCAGCCAUUUCCUUCUGGUGCCAGUGGCAGCAUCAUGCAUUUGAAAACAAAAACAUAAGUAUUAUAUCUAUGCAAACAUACAAAUAGUAUAUACACAAACAAGAGACGACUUUUGUCAAAUUGCCUUCAUUUUAUUUCUGUGAACAAUGAUUUGAGCAUAACAAACAUCAUAAAGACAACAAGCAUUCCACCGCAGACCUAUGAUAGUCAACUACGUUUUGAUGUUAAAUUAAUAUCAAUGUUCUAACCACAAACUCUCAUAGUAUAAUUCACAAUUUCUGUUUACAUAAUUCAGUAUAAAUACCUUCAGUCUUCAUCAACAAUUCAUCACCAAUUGAGCAAAAAAACAAAAGCUAAGAUAGCUAAAUAGCAUUUUUUUUUUAAUGGUUGCAUCGAAGCGACUAGUGGUCUCUUGCUUUCUCUUAGUGUUGUUGCUAGCUGAGGCCAAUGCACAAGGCUUGAAAGUAGGCUUCUACAGCAAAACAUGCCCACAUGCCGAGGGUAUAGUUAGAAAGGUCGUGUUUGCUGCCAUGAAGAAAGCUCCUACACUUGGUGCUCCUUUGCUCAGAAUGUUCUUCCACGACUGCUUCGUUAGGGGUUGUGAUGGAUCAGUUUUGUUAGAUUCAUCGAACAAUCAAGCCGAGAAAAAUGCGGUUCCUAACCUAAGCCUUCGAGGGUUUGGCAUCAUAGACGAUUCCAAGGCGGCUUUAGAAAAAGUGUGUCCGGGAAUAGUUUCAUGCUCUGAUAUCUUAGCCCUUAUCGCUAGGGACGCAAUGGUUGCACUUGAAGGACCGUCAUGGGAAGUUGAAACGGGAAGAAGAGACGGUAGGGUUUCUAAUAUCAAUGAGGUCAACUUGCCAUCACCUUUUGAUAACAUCGCCAAGCUUAUCAUUGAUUUUCGCACAAAGGGACUCAGCGAGAAAGAUUUGGUCAUCCUUUCAGGUGGACACACUAUUGGGAUGGGACAUUGUCCUCUAAUGACAAACCGUCUUUACAACUUCACCGGGAGAGGAGACAGCGACCCGAGUUUGGACUCAGAGUACGCAGCUAACCUCAGGAAGAAAUGCAAGCCAACAGAUACAACGACGGCUCUAGAGAUGGAUCCAGGAAGUUUCAAGACAUUCGACGUGAGCUACUUCAAGUUAGUGGCUAAGAGAAGAGGGCUUUUCCAGUCGGAUGCUGCUCUAUUGGACAACUCAAAGACUAGGGCUUAUGUCUUGCAGCAGGCACGUGGGUCAACCUUCUUUCAUGACUUUGGUGUCUCAAUGGUGAAAAUGGGUCGGAUCGGGGUUCUUACUGGUCGUACCGGGGAGAUCCGCAAGAUGUGUCGUGUUCCUAACUAAGAGAUUAAAAGAAUGACGAUCUCUCGCCGAGUUUGAUUCUUAUGGUUUGCUUCUUCUUUUUUAAAACGUUAAAAAACUAUAUGUGAUUGGUGUUUCUUGGGAAUAAAGCUGUAUUUAAUUUGUCAAACAUAAAGCCUUUGUACUUUUUCCAAAAGAGAUUGUAUUAUUGAUUGUUCUGAAUAAAAAUCGUAUA